UUUUAUUCUUGGACAGAAAUGAAACGCCUGGGGAUUACCUAUAUGUUCGGGGUGUUACUUGUAACACAGAGUAUCGCCAUUGUAAGGAUUCCACUUCAGAAAACCAGAAGCCUUCGUCGCAUCAUUAGCGACAAUGGGAUGUCUUUGGAUCAAAUUCGGGCUUUGGUGAAGUCCAGUAGCUCUCCAGACAGCGCUCCAUCGGAACAUCUCCCCGUGGAGAGGUUGACUAACUUCAUGGAUGCGCAGUAUUUUGGGUCUAUCAGUAUUGGUUCACCACCUCAAGACUUUACUGUGUUGUUCGACACUGGCUCCUCCAAUCUCUGGGUGCCAUCCAUUCACUGCUCAUUCUUCGAUGUUGCCUGCUGGCUUCAUCAUCGUUACAAUUCAAAGAAGUCGAGCACAUAUGUUCAGAAUGGUACGGACUUUUCCAUCCGUUACGGCAGAGGCAGCCUGUCUGGGUUCAUCAGUGGAGACACAGUCACUAUAGCAGGUUUGUCCGUGCCUGGACAGCAGUUCGGUGAAGCAGUAAAGCAGCCUGGCAUCACAUUUGCCUUGGCCCGCUUUGAUGGCGUCUUGGGCAUGGCCUACCCCUCCAUAUCAGUGGCCAAAGUCACUCCGGUGUUUGACACCGCCAUGGCGGACAAACUGCUGCCGCAAAACGUCUUCUCUUUCUACAUAAGCAGAGACCCAGAAGCAGCAAUUGGAGGAGAGCUGAUGCUCGGUGGAUCUGAUCCACAGUACUACACUGGGGACUUGCACUAUGUCAACGUCACACGCAAGGCAUACUGGCAGAUUAAGAUGAAUGAAGUUGAUGUGGGCAACCAGCUGACUCUUUGCAAAGCCGGCUGUCAGGCUAUUGUCGACACAGGGACAUCACUGAUUGUUGGUCCAGUGGAGGAAAUCCGAGCACUGCAGAAAGCUAUCGGCGCACUACCCCUGCUGAUGGGAGAGUACCUAAUUGACUGUAAGAAGAUUGACUCCCUACCUAUAAUCUCCUUCAACCUUGGAGGGAAGAUGUUUAAUUUGACUGGGCAAGAUUAUGUCAUGAAGGAGUCACAGAUGGGCACUUCCAUAUGCCUCUCAGGCUUCAUGGCUAUGGACAUUCCGCCCCCUGCUGGACCACUUUGGAUCCUGGGAGACGUUUUCAUCAGGAAGUACUACACUGUCUUUGACAGGAGCGCUGAUCGUGUGGGGUUUGCACUUGCUAAGUAG